GGCGCCGGGCGCGCUGCAGCGGCCGCCCCGCACAGCCGGCGCGGCUCCCCGCGCCCAUCAUGGCUGCGCCCGCCGGGCCCCGCGCCCCCCGGCCCACCCUCCUUCUCCUCCUCCUCUUCCUCCUCCUGGGUGGCUGCGGAGCCAGCCUGCCCCCGGAGCCGCCGCCGCCGCCGCCGAGCCCCGAGCCCCAGCCCCUGCCCGAGUCGGCUCUGCAGAAGCCCACCGUCCUCCUGGCCCUCCUCGCCCGCAACGCGGCCCGCACGCUGCCCCACGCCCUCGGCUGCAUCGAGCGGCUGCGCUACCCCAAGAGCAGGAUCGCCCUCUGGGUGGCCACUGACCACAAUGUUGAUAACACCACAGCAAUCCUUAGAGAGUGGCUGAAGAAUGUGCAGAACCUCUACCACGAUGUGGAGUGGAGGCCGAUGGAAGACCCCCAGUCUUACCCAGAAGAAAUUGGGCCAAAACAUUGGCCAAACUCCCGAUUCACUCAUGUGAUGAAACUCCGACAGGCUGCCCUGCGCACUGCACGAGAGAAGUGGUCAGACUACAUCCUGUUUAUUGAUGCAGAUAACUUACUGACCAACCCACAAACCCUGAACCUGAUGAUAGCAGAAAACAAGACAUUAGUGGCACCAAUGCUCGAGUCUCGCUCCCUCUACUCUAACUUCUGGUGUGGCAUCACCCCCCAGGGCUAUUACAAAAGGACGUUGGAUUAUCCCCUGAUUCGGGAAUGGAAAAGGACAGGCUGUUUUGCUGUCCCAAUGAUUCAUUCCACAUUCCUCAUUGACUUGAGGAAAGAGGCCUCCACCAAGCUGAUGUUCUACCCCCCACACCAGGACUACACCUGGAGCUUUGAUGAUAUCAUGGUCUUUGCCUUCUCCAGUCGCCAAGCAGGAAUACAGAUGUUCAUCUGCAACCGUGAACACUAUGGUUUCCUUCCCAUGCCUCUGAAAUCACACCAGACGCUGCAGGAAGAAACAGAGAACUUUGUGCACACACUAAUUGAGGCUAUGAUCGAUCGUCCUCCCAUUGAACCCUCUCAGUAUGUCUCUGUCCCUCCGAAGAACCCUGACAAGAUGGGAUUCGAUGAAAUUUUCAUGAUCAAUCUGAAGCGUCGGAAAGACAGGCGGGAUCGGAUGCUGCGGACUCUUUAUGAGCAGGAGAUUGCAGUGAAGAUAGUGGAGGCUGUGGACGGAAAAGCACUGAACACGAGUCAGCUCAAAGCUCUCAGCAUUGAUAUGCUCCCAGGUUACCGGGACCCAUACUCCUCUAGACCACUAACCAGGGGAGAGAUCGGCUGCUUCCUUAGUCACUAUUACAUCUGGAAGGAGGUGGUAAGCAGAGAACUGGAGAAGACGCUCGUUAUUGAGGAUGAUGUGCGCUUUGAACACCAGUUUAAAAGGAAGCUCAUGAAGCUGAUGGACGACAUUGAGCAAGCCCAGCUGGACUGGGAGCUUAUCUACAUUGGCCGGAAAAGGAUGCAGGUGCAGGAGCCUGAGAAAGCAGUUCCCAAUGUCAUGAACCUGGUGGAAGCUGACUACUCGUACUGGACCCUGGGGUAUGCCAUCUCUUUCCGAGGGGCUCGGAAACUCAUCGGAGCUGAGCCUUUUAGCAAGAUGUUGCCUGUAGAUGAAUUUCUGCCAGUCAUGUACAACAAGCACCCUGUAGCGAAGUACAUGGAGUACUAUGAGUCCAGAGACUUGAAAGCCUUUUCGGCAGAACCCCUGCUUGUUUACCCCACCCACUACACAGGGCAGCCAGGCUACCUCAGCGACACAGAGACCUCUACAAUCUGGGACAACGAGACCGUGUCAACGGACUGGGACAGAACACACUCCUGGAAAUCCCGGCAGCAGGGCAAGAUCAAUAGCGACGCCCAGAAUAAGGAUGCCCUGCCUUCCCAGUCAUCUCUCAACACGCCAUCCUCCAGGGAUGAACUAUGACUGCCCACUUCCCCUGGGACUCUGUUGACAGCUGAACCUGUCUCACACUUUAGCUUUUCACCCUUGAAAGUUGUAGAGCAGCUCUUCAUGUGGUCUUCUUCCCACUGCUUUGAAUGGCAAAGCACAGCAGUUGGACCUGAUGACUAGCCAAGCCACUUAGGAUUGGGUAGGAAAUGAAGGAGGAAAAAGAACAAGUGUUCCAGAGUGGCAGAAAAAAAGCCAGAGAUCUGGACAAUAGCCCUUGCAAGCUUUUGUAGAAAAACAACCUUGAAUGACGUCUUUCUACAGUUCCUCGUGUAGAAUACUGUAUUUAUAAAGAUUAAUAUAUAGAGAUGUACAAGUGUUAAUACCUUUCUGGAUAGCUGUAACUUGGCUGCUGUGUAACUGUUACGCUUUGUAGGUUUGUAGGCUUUUCUAACCCUGUUCACUGCGAGAAGCUGCAGGCAAGCGCUGGGGUGGUUUGGUUUUGUUUUUCAAAGGGAUCCCUCUCAGAAUCAAGAUGGCUUCCAAAAAUGUUCAGUGCACUGGAGCAGCGCUCCUCUGUAGUGUCUUCUCCCUCAUCAUACUUUUAUAGAAAACUCUCACUGGCUUCCCCUCUGCAAAUCUCAAAACUUGUUAGAUCCCAUCUAAACAGGCCCUCUAGUCUAGAACUGAUGUCUUGGUGUGUCUAAAAGCUUGGAAGCUGGCAGAGAAAGUGGAGGUUGCUGGUUUUAUUUGUCUCUGUGCUGCCUGAAGGGUACACAGGCAGAGUUAGUCCAUGUUAUGUCCUGCUUCACCCCCGCCUCAAUUCAUUCCUUCAGGAAAGCAAACCCUGACAACCUAUUUGCAGGUGUUUAAUUAGGCCAUAAAACCAUGUGUAGGACUUCUAGGAGUUUUACAUUUUAAAAGUUUGGUUAUGAACUUCUUGACACUAUCUUUAUAAAAACAAAACAACCUACAGAAAUGUUAGUGUUGUCAACUGUACUGUUCUCAACAGCCUUGACAGAAUUGAGCAUUACAGGAUGGAAAGGCAACUUGUUCUGAUAUUUUUUCAUGUGAAGAGCAAACCUGUCUCUUUUUUUUGUUUGUUUGUAUGAGUUCUGAUGUACUUGCUGUUGGCUAACUUGUCAGCAGAGUAAGGUGUUUGAUUUCUUUUUUUUUUAAAAAAAAUGUUUCUCAGAGGCCAGGUGAUCAUGGACUACACUGCCUAGGUUAGCUGGCAGAGACCUCAGCCUGCAGGCUGCUGUUGCAGUGGGAGGAUGCCCUCUUGGGCUUGCAAUCUAGAGACUCACCUGCUGGCAGAGGUGUGCGGCUGAGUAUGUGUGGCUGGGUUUUUAAAAAUUUUAUUUGUUUUUAAUAAUUACUGAUCAAUGUUGUGCUUUCUGCUAAAGAAGACAUGUUAUUACCUGUCAGCUGGUCUGAUAAUACAUAGAACCUGGUGCAAGAUGA